AGCCCGUGGUUGCCUACACUUGACAAAUCCUAUACGAUUUAAGGCGUGAAAUGCGUUGUGUAAGGAAAUAAUUGUCUCGUGAUAAGGUCUGUCCAAGGGCUCUAUUUAUGCAAUGCAGGCCCAUACAGUACUGGGCGUUGCAGUUGAACGGAAAGUUUGAGUCCCACCCACCUUUGGCUAAAUACACAUUCUGUCGUCUUCUUCCUGAAGAGUUCGUUUCAGGAAGACACGCAACAGCAACAACGCGGUAAAAAAAUGAGUUAUCCAGGAUAUCCUCCUCAGCCUGGCUACCCUCAAGCGGGUGGAUACCCACCCCAGGCUGGGGGCUAUCCUCCCCAGCCAGGCGCCUACCCACCCCAGGCCGGAGGUUAUCCUCCCCAGCCAGGUGGCUACCCUCCUCAGGCAGGAGGGUAUCCACCUCAGCCUGGCGCUUACCCUCCACAGCCCGGCGCAUAUCCCUCCAUGCCUCCAUCAGGAGGGUGGGGUGUUCCCUCUAUCGGGCUUGACAAUGUGUCAAACCCUGGAUUUAAUGCUCCCGGCAUGCCAGGAAUGGCCAACCAGACCAUGGGAGGUGGGUAUCCUACCCCGCAGCCAGGGGGCUUUGGUGCCCCUCCCCCUAACCAACAGCCCUAUGGCCUGUACCCCCAGCCAGGACAAGGUAUGCCAGGACAAGGUAUGCCUCAAGGCCCUGGGAUGGGCUACCCAGGUGGACCACCGGCAGGCCAGCCAAUGCCAGGUUAUCCUGGUGUACCCGGCAUGAACCCUUCCAUGCCCGGAUACCCCAAAGCACCAUCGCCAAACCCGUCCAUGCCAGCCUACCCCAAAGUGCCUUCACCCAAUCCGUCCAUGCCAGGCUAUGGAGGAGGUGCUCCUGUCGCUCCUGCCGUCAAUAGAGGAUUCAGGGGGACCAUCCAGGACUUUCCAGGGGCUGAUCCUUUGAAAGAUGUGGAGGUUCUAAGAAAAGCCAUGAAAGGUUUUGGGACCGACGAGGCUGCCAUUAUUAAUCUACUUGGCAGUCGCUCAACCAGGCAGCGUGUUCCUCUCCUGGUAACAUUCAAGACGGCCUAUGGAAAGGAUCUGAUUAAAGACCUGAAGUCUGAGCUCUCAGGGAACUUUGAGAAGCUUGUGUUGACCAUGAUGAAAACUCCUGCCCAGUUGGAUGCGUCCGAGCUUCAUGAUGCCAUUAAGGGAGCUGGAACUGAUGAGGCCUGCCUGAUCGAGAUUCUGUCCUCUCGAUCCAAUGCAGAGAUUCGAGAAAUCAAUCAGGUCUACAAAACAGAGUACAAGAAGAAACUGGAGGAUGCCAUUAGUGGAGAUACCUCAGGUCAUUUCCGUAGACUCCUGAUCUCUCUUGCUCAGGGCAACCGUGAUGAAAGGGAAAAUGUGGACAUAUCUCUGGCUAAGCAAGAUGCACAGAGUCUCUAUGCUGCUGGAGAAAACAAGCUGGGCACAGAUGAAUCCAAAUUCAACGCCAUUCUGUGUGCUCGGAGCAAACCUCACCUCAGAGCAGUAUUUCAUGAGUACCAGCAGAUGUGUGGCAGGGACAUUGAGAAGAGCAUUGACAGAGAGAUGUCUGGUGACCUUGAGAGUGGCAUGCUGGCUGUUGUAAAGUGCAUCAAGAACACACCUGGGUACUUUGCUGAGAGGCUGUACAAGGCUAUGAAGGGCGCUGGGACCAAAGACCGGACUCUGAUUCGUAUCAUGGUGACCCGCUCCGAGGUGGACAUGCUGGAUAUCCGACAGGAAUACAUGAGGAAUUAUGGGAAGUCUCUCUACAACGCCAUCUCUGGUGACACUUCAGGAGACUACAAGAAACUUUUGAUGAAGCUGUGUGGAGGGAGUGACUAGGUGAAUGGGCAGCAGGCUUUGAUACAUGACGGAGGAUGAUAUGACUGCAUUUUAUUUGCUUAAAACAUAUAUUUGUACCAUUUUAUUGCAUGUUGCAUUCUGCUGCAUACAAGCACCUUUCAGCGCAAAAUAUUUACACAUCUCUUUUACUAUUUUUAUAAACUUUUUUUAUUUUCAAAAUAUUUUUUCAUAUCGUUUUGAUUUGCCAUCAAUGCAAAUUUGUUUUGAGGUGUUCAGACUCAAUGUUUGAGCCUUUCCGUUUACAGUACACAUACACGUAUAUAUUUAUUUUUAUAUAUGGUUACUAGAGCCUUACCACGUGCUAUACAACAAUCAAGCACUGCACUGGUGUACAAUCCUUUUAAAGGUGUAUAGUGCUACUGAUUAUAAAAAUGUUCUUUUUGUGCCAAUUUAAGUGCCAAUCUAUUUCAUUUGCUUUAUGUUUAUCUGAUUAUGUGAUAUAGUUUUAACCAUUUAUCAUAUUUACCUGUGUUUAUAGUUCACACUAUCAGCCAAUGUUUUGAACAUGUAUUUCGAACAUUACAUAUCAUGAAAAAACACAUCUUUAAAAAUGGGCAGAUGAUUUUGUUGGGUGGCUGUGGACAGUCGAAAUUUGUUCUCCAAAGCACAUCACAACAGCAUGACUGUUUUAUGCAAAUAAAUGAUAAAAAAAAAUGGUAUUGACCACACCCAUCUAACAACUGCACCUCCGUUUAUUAAACAUUACUUUAUUGUGUCAGAAAAAAAACCUACAUUUCAUGUAGUUACCAGCGUCAAGCAAUCCAUGGCAUGUAUGACACCACUCAGUUGUGAGUUGAAUGCCCAGUGAAUCAUAGUCAGAUACUUAAAUCUAAAAGAAAAAUGAAGAAAAGGAAUGUGCUCCCAUGUUUAGCCCGUCCCCAUGUAUCCAUCUCAUAGCUGAAGAAAUAUAGCAAAAUCAAUGUGUAAACCUCAGUUAAUGAGAGGAGAAUGUCGGUAGAACCAGAAGAAAGAAAGCCUCUCAAACAGCUUUGGUUACUCCAAGCAGCAGGCUGUUGGGAAGCUCUUAAGGAACAUUCUCGUCUCCACAGUAAACGAGACGCUCACCUUUUGAGGUGUUGCCUUAAUGGUGACCCCAAAGCAUGGCUCCAGUGAGGACUCCCCACUGAGCUGAGGAUGAGUCACCUGGCCCCUUUCAUCCCGCCGUCACCCCCCCGUCACCCCCACAUCCUCUCGCCCGCUCUUGUUGCUGGAACUGCUGUAUUACACACAUUAAUUAGAGGGGAUGCUCUGUGUGACAGAGAAUGCAUCAGGUUGACACUGCGGGCUACGAGCCCAAGCCAUCUAUAUCUACGUUUCACCGUUUUUAUUUUGCCAUAUCUCUUUUUUUUGCUUUGAAUGCAUUCUUAUUUGUGUGUAGCAUGUUUUGUAUAAUUGCCAGUAGAGGGCAGCGAUGGCAUAACUUUAGUGAUGUUCAAGCUGUAUGCAAAAUGCAAGAGAAAGAAGUGGAUGAAGUUACAAUAAUAAAAAAAAAAAUUAAUCCCAAA